AUGGCGACCGCGACCUCACAGGCCCACGCGGCGCCCCUUGAACCGGCAGAAAAGACCACAAAGACGGCACCGGCAGCGCAGAAGGCAUCGGCAGCGCAGACGGCAGUUGACCCUGCCGACAGCUCAACCGAUUCUCAGGCAACGGCAAGCGAAAACGAGGGGAAAACACAGUAUGGUUGGCAAUUCUGGGCCGUAUUCACCGGCCUUGUCGCCGCUACCCUGCUGAGCGCUCUCGACGGAUCCAUCGUCGCCACCGCCCUGCCUACUAUUGCCCUCUCUCUCGACGCUGGGCCUUCGUACGUCUGGAUUGCUAACGUCUACUUCCUCACUGGCGCCGUCUUCCAGCCGUUCCUAGCCCAGCUCUCAGACCUCUACGGCCGCCGAUGGGUGUUUCUCGCCAUUCUCGCCGUCUUCAACCUCGGCAGCGGCCUCUGCGGCGGUGCCUCGUCGGCAAACAUGCUCAUCGCGGCUCGCGCGGUGCAGGGGAUCGGUGCGGGCGGCAUCAACAUGAUGGUCGACCUCGUCAUCUGCGACUUGCUGCCCGUUCGCGACCGCUCCAAGUUCCUGGGCAUGAUCUUCGGCUGCAUCGGCAUCUUCACCGCCGUCGCCCCACUCAUCGGCGGCGCGCUUGCCCAGAGCGGCCAGUGGCGCUGGGCCUUCUACCUGAACCUGCCCAUUGGUGCCGCCUGCAUGGUCGUCAUCUUCCUGUUCCUCAAGGUCAACCACGGCGAUCACGGCUCCUUUUCCACCAAGAUGAAGCGCAUCGACUGGGGCGGCGUCACCAUCCUGACCCUCUCUUGCGUCGGCGUCAUGUACGCCGUGACGUACGGCGGCUCGUCGCGCCCCUGGUCCGACCCGCGCGUCUGCGGGCCUCUCGCCGCCGGCUUGGCCUUGAUCCUCGUCUUUGUGGCGUACGAAGGCUCUCCUCUGGCCGCGGAGCCCGUUACGCCGUACCACCUAUUCGGAAACCGCACAUCAGCCGCCGCUUACGCCAUCACAUUCUUGCACUCCAUCAUGUGCCUCUGGGUCGUCUACGUCUUUGCCGUCUACUUCCAGGCAGUGGUGGGCGUGUCGCAGACCCUCUCCGGCGCCUACCUCACGCCCACCGUCAUCGCCUUUCCCCUGUCCGCCGCCAUCGGCGGUGGUGUCAUGGCCAAGAUCGGCCGCUACAAGCCCAUCCACCUCGCCAGCUUCGCCUUGCUGACGCUCGGGUGCGGCCUGGCCUCCGUCCUCGGCCCUUCGUCGUCGCCCGCUGCCUGGGUUUUCUUCCAGGUCUUCCUGGCGGUCGGCCUCGGUCUCCCCAUGGCGACUCUGUUGCCUGCCGUUCAAGCGCGCCUCUCAGAGGCCGACGCGGCGCGCAGCACGGGCACGUGGGCCUUCCUCCGCAGCGUCGGUGUCAUCUGGGCCGUCACAAUCCCCGCCGCCGUCUUCAACAACCGCUUCGAGUCACUGCUGUACACUAUCGACGACGAAGCUGCGCGGUCCAUUCUGAACGGGGGCCAGGCCUAUGCCCAUGCCACGGCCGACUUUGUCAACGCGUUUGCCAGUGUUGUGCGCGGCCAGGUACGCGAAGUGUACAGCUCGAGCGUACAGCGGGUUUGGCACGUUGGAAUUGUCUUGUCAGGUGUCAGCUUCUUGCUGGUUUUCCUGGAGAAGGAGGUUGAGUUGCGCAAGGAGCUCAACACAGAGUUCGGGCUCCAGCAGGAGGAAGAGGCCAAGAAGCCUGAGCCCGAGCCCGAGCCUUAG